AAGCCAAUCGGAAAUGUCGCUGCAGCGAAGGCACAGGAAUUUGGGUUGAUUACGCCAGGUAAGAAAUGCGGAGCGAUCCAUUUACUGUGCCAGUUUAGAGCUUGACCCCGUUAAAUUAGAUCCACUAAUCUUGAUGGGAGAUUAGUUCCGCUAGCAUUAUGACACCCAAACGGAAGCGCCGCGGACGCAGCGAGUCGCGGGCCAGGAGCAAAGUGAAAGGACAAUCGGAGGCAGAACACUUGCAAUUGCUCGAGGAGCUGGAGCUGGUGGACAGCUGCUGUGAGAUCUGCCACUGCGACUGCUACAGCUCCCACAGCAGCGGCUCUGCUAGCGGGCGAGGAACCCAGCCACAGGAGAGCCUCAAGGAGCUGCUGCAGCUGGACAAGGACAUUCAGGCCCUAGAGAAGUUACAGCGCCGCGAAAGUGCUAAGGGCAAGAGAAGUGCCAGCAGCCAGGGCCACAGAAGUGUUUCCAGGUCGCCAACGGAGGGAAAGUCUUCUCACAGCAGGCGGGGAUCAUCGGACUCCCAAAAAAGAAAUACCGAUUCCGGUAGGAGUCGACGGUCGAAAAGCGCUGGAAGCCGCAGAAGUGAGUCCCGGGAGAGGCAGCCGCAACAGAAAGUUGAACCCGUUCCUCAAGAUCGUCGACGUCGCGGUGCCCAGAGGGAUUGCAAAAUGCUCCAACAAUUUCUAGGUCCCCAGAACGACGCACCCGCUUUUUCCAUCGUUGGACGGGCCAAGUCAAAGUCGCAGGACAAUAUGGCUUUAGCGCCAAGCCUCCCGCGGGGGAGAAAGAGCUCUUUAUGUGCCUCCAUGGCCAACUUGUGCCUUGCGCCCACGGUGCGAGCCGCUUUCCAGCAGGUGCCUAGACACGACCAGAAGAUUCUCAACCGCAUGGCUGGAAAACGGAGCCAACAGGCAGCAGACAAGGAGACGGCCUGGCUAGCUCGUAAGCUCUGGGAGAAUGAACGUCUGGAACGGCAGCUUCUCCGGGUGGAACAGCUGGAGGCUUACAAGCAGGCAGUUCAUGACAAGCAGUUCCAGGACUAUCUGGUGACCAAAGCGAGGCUGCAGGCUUUGGCUGAGCGUGAUCUGACGGAACUGAAGAGAUUACGUGGGGCACUCGACGCCAAGGACGCUGCGACCAAGAAGCGGCUGGAAGCCAGGCGGUUAGAACGGGACCUUAAUCUCUGCCAGCGGCGGUGCGAGGAGCUACGUCGCAGUGAGGCAGUCACGGUGCAGCAGGAGGAGCAGCACCUGGACGAGACUUUGCGCAAACGUGACAUCUGCAUGCGGCUCACGCAACGAUUGCGUCGGGCAGACGAGUUGCGUGGGCAGCUGCUGGAGGCUUACUUGAAGCGGAUGCAGCACGACAACUUACUUGAGCAGGUGCAUCAUGAGGAGCACUGGCGGGAGCGUCAGCAGGAGGAGCGAGUGCGCAGGGAUCAGCUCCGCGAGGACAUCGAGCGCAAAAGUCAUCAGUCCCAGCGCUUCGUUGAGUGCCGCCAACGCCGUCAAGAUGAUCGAUUUCGUACUGCGAAGAUCUCCGCCAGUCUGCGGGAGCUGGUCCGCCAAUCCGUCACACCAGAAGGAGCUAUUAGUGGUUCGUUGGGUCAGGAUACCCCAGCCCUUAACUCAUAUGCUCAGCAGCAGUUGCAACUGGGACGCCUGCUCUUCGAAAAAUCUUCGAGGGAAUGAAUGUUAUGUACCUAUACAUAUGCAUUUGUACAUAUAUACAUAUUGUUGUUGGUUUUAUGUAAAUAAACUGCAUUG